AUGAUGGACGACGACCAUGACCGACAAUCGGCCGGUCCUUCCUCACCCCGCCAACGGUCGCAGGAACCUCUAUCCGACUCGCCCAUCGCUGAAGCAAGUCCCUCGAACAAGCCCACCCCCGGGAUCAUCUAUAUCUCGAGAUUACCUCCCGGCAUGACACCCCAGAAGGUCAAGCACCUCAUGAGCUCGUACGGCGAUAUCGGUCGGGUCUACGCUCAGCGAAAAGAUGCUCCGACCGAAUCCACGACGAAACCGCAGCCAAAGAAACACCAGUCGGCCAACUUUACAGAGGCUUGGCUAGAGUUCAUGGACAAGCGGAUCGCCAAGACGGUCGCUCCCAUGUUGAACGCUCAACUGAUCGGAGGGAAAAAGGGGGAUAGGUGGAGGGAUGAUAUCUGGACGAUGCGAUACUUGAGCGGUUUCAAGUGGGAGAUGCUCGGGGAGCAGGUCGCAUACGAACGACAAGCCCAUCAAGCUCGUCUGCGUCAAUCGCUCUCUCAAUCCAAGACGGAACAGACUGAAUAUCUUCGCAACGUCGAGCUAGCUCGAGUCUUGGACAAGCGGAGAGCUAAAAAGCUCGAGCAAGGGGAAGAAUCGGCAGGUCCCGCGCAGAAAAAGCAGAAAAAGGUCACGGGCGAAUCUACUACCACGGCAUCUUCCGGGGACGUUGGUAGCGACAAGGCGAAGCGCAAGUACCGACAGAGAGAUCUCGCUAUGGGUUCGGCUGCAAAGUCUGCGGGCCAGAACAAGCCGGGUGCUGCCGCCGCCGACGGCUCAAAGGCCCUGCAGGGAGUCCUCGACGGCCUGUUCUAGUGAGAUCGUGCUACAACUCGCCGUCAAGUUUUUACGACACGAU